AUCUCUUUCUCUCCUCUGUCUGCUCCUCAAAACAGAAGGAAGGAAAAGCUUCUUUUCACAUUCAAUCCAACAAUCAUAAUGGCUUCUCAUUCUGUCUUCUUACUUCUUCUAUUCAUCUCCAUAUAACACCAAACAAAUUCCCACCCAGAUCUUCUUCUCUCACACAUCACCCAACCCCAAAUGGGUCAGGCUUGAAUCUCUUGACCCGACCCAGAUCCUGUUGCUUUCAUCUCAUCUUCACCCACACUUUCCCACAAAACCCAAAUGGAGAAGAAACACAUGCUUAUACUGAUUGUCACAAUAUCUUCCUUUUUGGUUAUAUUUGUUCUUCUUCUUUUCUUGAUUUGUGUCUGUAGAAGAAAAGGGUCUGAGAGAGAUGAAGAAGAAGAAAAAGGUGAGUGUAAAGAAGGUGGUGUAGAAGAAAUAGAGAUGAAAGGAGAUUUGAUUAGGUUUGAAGGUGGUGAAGAUCUCACUUGUUUUGAUAUAUUGGAUGCUCCUGGUGAAGUGAUUGGGAAAUCAAGCUAUGGGACUUUGUAUAGAGCUAAUUUGCUGAGUGAUUCAGUUGUUUUGUUGAGGUUUUUGAGACCAGCUGCUUGUACUGGGAAGGUACAAGAUGUGAUGCUUGCAGUACAACUUCUGGGGUCAGUUAGGCAUCCUAAUUUGGUGCCUCUUUGUGGGUUUUAUUCUGGGCCUAGAGGUGAAAAGCUUCUGGUUCAUCCCUUUUACAGGAGAGGAAGUUUGGCUCAGUUCAUCAGAGAUGAGAAUGGUGAAUCCCACAAAUGGGAAGUCAUUUUUAGGAUAUCAAUGGGGAUUGCUAGAGGAUUAGAUUAUCUCCAUACAGGCCUUCAAAAGCCAAUUAUCCAUGGAAAUCUCAAGUCGAAGAACGUACUUUUGGGAAGAAAACAGCAUUCCGUCAUAUCUGAUUUUGGCCUGCAUCUCCUCUUGAAUCCAGCCGCAGCACAAGAAAUGCUCGAAGAUGCUGCUGCGGAGGGUUAUACAACACCUGAGUUGAGUAAAAUGAAAGAUGUUAGUAGGGAGAGCGAUAUCUACAAUCUUGGGGUGAUUUUACUCGAAUUAGUAACCGGUAAGGAACCUAUUAAUGGGAAAGCAAACCCUGAUCAAGAUUUCCAUUUGCCAAUGUCGAUGAGGAAUGCAAUCUUGGAUCACCGGAUGUCAGAUUUAUACCAUCAUGAUGUUCUGACGAGUGAAGAUGAUAAUGCUAGAUUAAGUCCAGUUAAUGAAGGCGUAAUUCUCGAAUUCGUCCAGCUUGCAUUGGCUUGCUGUUCUCCUUCGCGAAACGAAAGGCCCAACAUAAAGCAGAUUUGCAAGAAGCUUGAAGAAAUUGGAUCAAAAUCUUGAAGAUUCAGGUGACAUUAGUGAAGUUUUGGAAUGUAGUUCAGAAAUCUCAAAAUCCACCAAACCAAUAUUGUUGCUAUGGCGGUGGUGUAAAAUCUUGGAAACAAUGGGACGAGGGUUCUGCUAUGGUGCUUGGAAGUUGUAGUCAGAUGCAGUAGAGAGUUGUACUAUGCCAUUGGUUUCCUCACAGGCAUCAGGAAUGGAUUUUACUGAUUUAGUAUGAUGAUGAUGAUGGCCAAACACAUCUCUAUUGAAAAGGGUGUAUUUGAUAUGGGUCAAACAUGUACUUGAAAGGUCAAAAUCAGUGCCUCCAUUGAUGGUUGACCCAUGUACUGGGUGGCACUACUGUUCUUUGUUCACCAAGAAAAGCAAACAUCAAAUUGUCAAUUAUGGAGAAUAUUCAAAGGGACCAAUUGUUUUUUAGAUUCAAUACAGCUGUUAGAUAUGACAAAUCAAGCAUUCCAUA